AUGCCUGGACGAUCAAGCCAAAUUUCAGACCACCCUAAUCAACGUAAUCUUGUCCAAGUUUAUACAGUUUUACCUCCAGGAAUCGAUUCAAAAGUAACAGCUCAUCUCAUAUUAAUUGUCCGCUUAUUUCGCCCAUACUCGUCAUACACUGGAUCGAGACGUUUUGAAUUUGGGAGUAAUUCUUUCAAUGAUAUUUAUGUACAAGUUCGAUGGUGGGGUGAACCAGCUGGAGAGAAAUGUGCCAUAUUUUACCCUCGACUAGCGCAUAAAGUUGGACAUAAACAGGCAACAUGCACCAAAGCUCGCUAUAAAAUUACUGUACCAUUAGAUCGAUUUAGUGCUUAUCUUAAAGAUAUGCGUGAACUGCGUCUGGAUGUUAUUGAUAUUCGUCAUCAACGUAUUAUUGGACGUGGACGAUUAGAUAGGGUUGAUCGUUUGACUCCAACUACACCAAUUGAUGCCAUUUUACCCGUUAUUAAUGAAAUUGGUGAAAAAUUGGGCGACUUAAAUAUAUCACUAAUGAUCGAACCAGUUAUAAAUCCAAAUUCUAAAUCUAUGGUAACACGAUUUAAUUGGAAGAAAAUAGAUCAUAAUGUUACUGAUAAUAUUGACAAUAAUCAUGAUCAUGUUAAUAAUAAUAAACAACAACCAAUAGAAAAUGAUGAAAUUUCAAUUAGUAGCAAUGAUCAUAUAAUUAUCAAUGAACAGAUUGAUUCAAUUCAAUCACAACAGAAUAAUGGUGUUGUCAAUGAACAUCCAGUUGAUUUAGACAUUGGAUCACUUGAUCAAGAUAAUUAUCAUUCAUCUCAUAAUGUGAAUUUACUUGAUAAUUCAAAUAAUUAUAGAUUACGUACAACUAUUCAUGGUCAUGGCAGGGAAUUAACCAAUACCGACAAGGAUAGUUUUUCAACUCAUUCAGGAAAUGAUAAUGAUGUUAAUUUUUCAAAAAGAGAACAAUUGUUAUCUCUUGCAUUAGAGAAAAGUAAACAUUUACGUGAAGCAUUAAGUUGUUCAUCAAUUUUCAAUCAUCAAGAUUAUAAUGAUAACGAAAGUGAUGAUAAGAAUAAUAUGGAUGGGUUGAAAGCAUCUCGAUCUUAUACCAGUGAUGGACGCUUCUCAGGCGGUUUAACACCAAAUAAAUUACAUCAUUCAAGUCCCGAUCUCCGGAGUAUCAUGUUUGAAAAGUGUAUACAUAAUCGUGAUAAUCGCAUUCAUUUAGCAUCACAAACGAAAACCAAAUCAAAUAAUCUUGAUUUAAUAAAAUAUAUUCUUGAAAGUGAAUCGCUCGAUGAUCCAGUUCAAGUUAAUACACAAAACCAUGAUAACCAUCAUCGUCAGCAUCACGUUAGUUACAAAAAAGGUGUGCAUUUACAAAAUAUAAUGUUUGCCAAUGGCAAUGAUAGUAAUCUACAUGCAGAUAAGGGAAUCGGUGUCACCCAAAACUAUCCAUUGUCAAAUAAUAACAUGGUUGUUCAAUUUGGAAAUUCAGAAUAUAUAAAAGAAGAUGAUGAAUUAAUUGAAAAUUUAUUAUAUAGUAAUGAAAAUUCUAUCGACGAAAAUGAAUUGUUGAAUUCAAAUACUUUAUUCAAACAAUCUAAUAACGUACAACCAUUAAAACAAGUUACUUUGAAUGGAAAAAUUGUGAAUCAACACUGUCAGAAUAAUUUAUCUAAAUCUGGUUGUAAUCUGAAAGGAGCCAAUUUACACUUUAAAUGUUUAAGUUUAUGUAGAAAAUAUUCCGAAAAUAAAAUGUCAAACGUUGUUAACUCUUCUAAAUCUACAUUAUAUAAUAAAACAUCAAGAAAUCCAACGAAACUGUUAUCACAAAAAUCUCAUCCAAUAUCAGUAUCAUCAGUAUUGCCAUUUAAUAAAGUCAAAUCGAAUGACAUCAAUACUUUAUCGGACAGUAUUUUCAUGGAGUUAGAAGUAUCUGUCCCAACAUUGUCUUCGCUAUCAUCAUCCAAUAAAAUCGGUGGUACAUGGACUACAACUAGUUUUACAUUAUCUACAGAAUUACGUAAUCAGUUUGAAGUUAAAUCAACUAAACGAAAACAACAAAAUGAUGAUGCAUAUGUCAAUUUCUAUUGUCUAACAAAUAAGAAAAUUAAUAAUUCUAAUGAUGCUUAUAUUGAAGUCAAUUUCAAUCAUCAAUUACAUUCUAAUGAUAAAGUCAAUAAUCAUGACAAUCAUAUUCGUUUACGUCUAUUUCGUCUAUGUAACCCAGUAAAAGAAGAUGAAGAUACUACACAGUGGGAAUCAGAAUUGAUUGGUGUGAAUUUUGUCAAUCCAGAUGAAAUUCGUUCAAUUAUCUUAUCAAAAGUACAUUUGAAUUCAUCUAAUCCUACAACUCAUUUAUAUAUUCAUCUAUGUUCUGGACAAAAAAUGAAAACUAAUAAUUCAAAUGUGAUUGGUCGUUUAGAAUUUGAAUUAGAACCAAUUUGGAAUACCACUGCUACAUCUAGAAAUCAAAUGAAUAUCAACAUAAUGAAAAAAGACAGUGAAUAUUUCGGGUCAAUUCAAAAGGCUGUGAAAAAUGAUAAAUUUCAUUCAGUUCAAAGUUCAAUGUAUCAUAAACCAGAUCAUUCAAAAGAAAUAAUACCGUCAAAUACUGUCAUAUUAAAUACAAUUCUACAUAUAUCUGAAGGCAAAGAAUUAAAACUUUCAAAUAAUUAUCGUAAUAAACAAUUAUUAACAUCAAAAUAUAUUACGAAGUUACCGAAUGAUUGUAUUAUGAUUGAACAUUCUUAUUUAAUUGUACGUUUACCUUGGUGUCACCAAAUUCACUCAUCAUCGGAUUUGUCGACGAUUAACUUAGAUCAAUAUCACUCAAAUGUCGCCUGGCUGAGUGGAUCAUGUCCACAAUAUGCAUUCACUAUUAGAUCACAAUGUUUAUUAAAUCAGAAAUCAGUUACUCGUUUGGUCAAAUCAUCUAUUGUUUUAGAGGUGUGGUCUAAAUGGAUGAGUGGUUUACCGGAUCAUUUAAUUGGACUUGUGAAAAUUCCAACAGACCAACUGGUAAAACUUUAUGCUCACUGCGAUUUGAUUACAUCGCAAAUAUGGUGGCAUUCAGAUAAUGUGAUACAAAGUUUAUUGAAAGCACAACAUCCAAUGAUUCCUGUGGACACAUGGUUGCCAAUAAUUGAUCCAUUCUCUGGUUGUGAAAAUGGUCAAAUUCAUGUUCUACUCGCUGUUGGUACACAAGAACAAAUCGAUAAUUUAUUAACACUACAAAAUUUGAAAUGUACUAUUGAUGCAGAUAACAAUAUUAUUACGAAUACAGCAGAUCAAGGUAGAAAAAGUGGUAUUAUUGAAUGCAAAGACAUUAAGAGGGAUAAUUCAUGUGUAGAUUUAACAGUUGAGCAUAGAAUCGGUAUAACCUUUGAACAGUUGUUUGAUUUCGAUCCACACAUCCCACUUCAAUAUGAUUCAAAUUAUAAUGGAGCUGUACCAUGGGGUGAUUUAGAUUGUUAUGUUCAAUAUUUUUUUCCCACUGAUACAAAAGCUAAAUGUUUAGCUAGCACUCGUACCACUACUCAAAUGCUUAGUAAGCCGUCUAUGAUAACUAAUCAUACUAUUCAAGAAAAAAUUGCGAAACAUAUCUCCUGUGAAUUCAUAUCUGCGAAUUCAUUGAGUAAAAAAGAAAAUGCAUCAUCAUCUAGGAUAAAAUCACCACCAUCCUCUUCAUCAUCAUAUUGGAGCCACACACAUAGACUGUGUACAAAUAUACAAAUAACUUCAGAAUCACAGAAUAAGAUGGAUUUAAUCAGGUCAAAAAUUGAAACGGAAUUUAUUCAGUGGAUUUUAGAUAUGUUGACUCGUGCAGAUUUUGAAAGUAAUAAAUUAAAUUUGAAACGAGGUUUAUUAAUUGAACUUUGGUUACGUAUCUAUUCACCAAAUCUACAUGAUUGUUUAGCUGCGAAAGGAUAUAUUCCUGAAGAAUUAUUAUGCAAAUUAAUUAGUAAAAAUCAAUCAUUAAAAUCUGGAGACGACAAAGAGGAUGAUCGAAAUGAUGAACAUAAUCAUCAAUCAAUAAGAUUUUGUAUUGAUCUGUAUGAUGUGAACAGUAGCAGUGGAUGUUUAAAUGGGAGAUUACAAAUUAGUAUGGAUUAUUGUUAUAACAUCAUCAACCGUAGUUCUACAAAAUUUGAUAACACAUUAACCAAAUCAAUAACAACACAACCUACAACUUUGUCUAACAAACAAUCUAUUCUCAUUUCAACUUCUUCAAAUCAACCCAUUCAUAAUUCAAUAUUAAUUCUACCAAGUCAAACACAAUUUAAUCAUCAUAUUCAAAUAUGUUUAAAUGGAAUAAGUGGAAUGAAAUUCUCAAUCAUGAAGCAUCUUAAUGAAAUCUCCUAUACAAAUAGAAUAUUUCAUGCACGUUUACAUUGUUUAUUAUUAAUACCAAAUGAUAAAAGAUAUUCCCAUUCACUAAUGAAUGAAUUAUAUCAUAUUCAUUUAAUUAAAUCUACUAUUAGUUCACCAAUAUAUAAUACACAUUAUACAAUGGAAUUAAAUUGUAAAUUAGAUAUACAAUUACCUACUUCAUGGCUUAUUGCAUAUCAACAAUAUAAUAAUCAAUCUAAUUUAAUAAAUAAUCAAAAUAGAAAUAAUUAUGAAAUUACAUUAUUAGAAGCUAUUUUAAAUGGUGAUCAAUAUCAAAUGGAACAAUAUAGAAGACCAAUAAUAAAACCAUGUAUUAUAAUACAAGUUGAUAUAUGGUUACAUAAUAAUAUGUCAGAGAAAUUCAAUGAAUUUAAUCAUAAAAAUAUAAAAUAUUGGGGUCUACAAUAUACUAAUUUUGAACAACAGUCAAAUGAAAAUAUUAAUUCAAUCAUUAAUCCUGGUAAAGAAUAUCAACUGAUUAGUAGCUGUCGUGUUCCUUUAUCUGCACUUAUUUUCUCUUCACAUGGUAAUUUGCCAUCACGUUGGUAUCCAUUAACAUCAUUUAUUAACGUUGAUGAUGAUAUUGGUAAAUAUGGUGACGAUAAUUCAUUGAUUUCUUGGCAAAGUAAAUUUAGUGGAGCUAUCCAACUCAGUAUGCGUUUGAUUGAUCCGCAUUUGAUUAAAAUAGUUCCAUGCAAUAAUUUAACUACUACUAUUGAUAAUAAUAACAAUAAUGCAAUGAAUAAUAAUCAUAGUCCAUCUCUAAUUAAUUGCUUACAUGAUUGGAAUAUUCUAUUUAAUGUUGAAAAAUUAGAAAAUGGACAAAAUUCUAUUGUAGCAUUUAAAAAUGAAUUUGAAUUAUGGAAAGAUGGUCUAGAUGAAUAUGGCUGUCAGUAUAAACAUUUCACAAUCUAUCUUAAUUUUGCAUAUCUUCCAAAAAUUAAACAAUUAUUAAACGAUACUAUUGAUUUCAAUAAUCCAUUACCUAGAAAUUAUACAAUAGAAAAUAAUUUCAAAGCCUACACAUUUGUUCGUUUUCAAUUUCCCAAUUAUGGUACACAAAUGUCUCAGUUAAUUUUCCUGCCAAAUGAUGAUGAUCAUACAUCAGAUAGACAAUCUACUAUUGUUGAAUUCAAAGAAUAUAAAGAAUUUGUUAUCCCAGUCAGUGCAGAGUUACGAAAUUUCUUGGCCGAAUCUACACUAGAAUUUCAAGUAUGGAUUAUUUGGACAGAUGAAAAUUUAAAAGAAUUAGACAAGAGUAAUAAUAAUUACGAAACUGGACUACAAAAGUUUAUCAUCGAUGAACUGAACAAUAAAGAAUAUCUAAAAAGACAUCAAGUUCCUGCACCUCGUCAUAUUGGCACUGCAACUAUCCCACUAUAUCAUUUAUUGUAUCCAAGACCACAAGUCACACCACAUUCAAACACUAAUUCUAUCAACUGCCUAGAGGGUGAUCCAUCUGGGAUUCGUUGGUGGAAUAAUCAACAACAAUGGAUGGGAACAGAUAGAAUAAAUUCAAGUGGAUUGGCAGUAUAUCCUUUAUAUCGUGCAAAUACAGCAAAUUUUUAUGAUAGUUGGAUUGCUGUACAUAUUGAAAUGACCGGAUCAAAAACUGAGAAUUGUUUAUGGUCGAAACGAUAUCAUACUUGUAAAAUGAAUAAAUUAAUUUCACCUGAAAUCGAUGGACAUUUAGGAUGGAAUUUAAAACAUUACAAAUUGCCUCCUUUGGUCAAUAAUCCAUUAUAUAACAGUAAUAAUAAUAAUAAUAAUUGUCAUUUAACUACCGAAUUAGAUGAUGAUGAUAAUUAUAUAAAAAAUGAAACAUUUCCUGCUGAAAUUAUCGUUGAAAAAGCAUAUCAUUUACGUUUAUCUCAUCAUAAUAAAUUUGAUAAUUCCACUGAAUCAACUGAAAACAGUGAACCAUACUUUAAAACAAAUGAUGAUAAUAAUAAUAAUAAGGAAACAGCUAAUUAUUCUGUAUUUGUUACAUUUCCUGUGAAUGGUGGUAAUCAUUAUUGUUUUAAUAAUAAACAUUCUAUUACUGGUAAUACUAAUCAAAAUGAAAAAUUAUGGAAACAAAUUAUUAAAUUAUCCAAUAUUAAUUUAAAUCGUAUAGCUUUAACACCUAAAGUAAAAAAUCUUGAAUAUGCACACUGGAAUUAUUGCCGUUUUGUUCGUAUACCAUUAGAACUGAUACAAUCUUCAUGUAAUCAGGGAUUAAUGUUUCAUGUAUGGGCUGUGAAACAUGAUGAUGAUGAUGACUAUGAUAUGAAUAAUGAUAGUAGCUAUGCACCAAAAUUAAUCGGUAUUGCUACAGUCGACUUAACUACCUUAUCACAUUUAUUCAGUGAUUCAAUUCAUUCAACAAAUAAUGAAUUUAAUCAAAUUUAUGGUUGGUAUCAUGUAUUAAAUAAUGAUACAGGAUGUCCAUCUGGUCAAAUUUUAAUUGGAGUUAAACCAUUAAUCAAUAUUGGACAACAACAGAUAAUUACUUAUAAUUUGUCAUCACUGAACAAUAAUGAAUUUACCACAAAUAAUAAUUUUAGUAGUUUAUCACACAAUGUAUACACUGAUCAGAUUAAACCAUUUGGGAAUUAUUCAAUUUUCCAAAAUGGUUUAAACUCGACAUUAUCAAAUUGUGAUUUGGCAAAAUCAACGCACUCAUUAAAUGAUUGUAAUACAGGCAAAGUAUCUGAUGAUAUACUUGUGAAUAAAGAAGAAUCUAAUCAUUCUGAAUUAAAUCGUUCUGUGUUAUUCGAGAAUUUAAGAACACGUUUAAACGAACUAGAUGAAAUAAAUACUAAAUUGAAGAAUCGUUUAAAUUUAUCAACAUCCAAUGAAAAAUUUUUUAGUCAUGCUGAUAAUAACACUAAUGAUAUUGAUAAGAACUAUAAUGAUGAUACAAAUAUGAAAAAUGAAUCAUUUUUAAAUCAAUCAUUUCAAAAUAAAUUACAAUCCUUAAAUGAAGAAAUAGACUAUUCGACUUUGGUGAAUGAUCUAUCACUUUCUCAGCAUCAACCACAUUACAGUCAGCAUUUGGCAGACUUACAUGCUAAUGAUGAAAAUAUGUUGUAUGUAAAUAGUAAAUUUCAAUGUACAUUUCUACAGUCUCAGUUAAACCAUAAUAGUGAUGAUGAUACUUAUUCCGCACAUAAAAUAAAUGAUGAUUUCACAAUAAAUAAAUUUAUAAAACAAUGCAAUCACCAUUUUACUAUCGAUAAUUGUUCAUUCACAAAUUCUACCAACGAAAAUAUUGACUGUUUAAUUUCGAACUCAUUAAAACAAUCUACUGAAAAUGGAAGAUUGAACACCAUCGAAAAAGACAAUGACAACAAUAAUAUUGACGUUGAAAGUGCAUUAACAAAUGAUGGUGAUAAUCAUGAUGAUGCUCAUAACAAGGAGAACAUUGUUAACACAGACAAGGAUGAUGAACAGUCAGAGAUUUCUGUAGUUUCACCUUUACUACAUGAUCAAUCUUCAAAUAUUUCUGAUGCUCAUGAUUAUAAUGACGAUGAAGACAUUAUCAGUAUAGGUACAGACAUUCAACAUAUCACAAGUUGUAAUGAAAUUUCUAGAGAAUGCGGUGGUAGUUAUGAUACUGAUUGUAAUAAUGAUGAAAAGAAACUUGAAGAAGAUAAUGUCAAGCAACUCCAUAAUAAUAAUAAUAACAAUGAUAGUAGAAGUAGUAAUAAUAUAGUGCACAAUGAAAGUGAACAAUAUUCACCAAUGAAUAACAAACUAUCACAUACAGAAAUUAAUAAUGUAUUAACUGAAUUACUGAAUCAAAAAAGUUUAUCUGAAACUUCAGCUUCCUCUGUAUGGUUACCAGAUGAUGAUGAUGAUGAUGAUGAUGAUGAUGAUGAUGACAAUGUUGAUAAUAAUAGUAAUAAUGGUAUUUUAUAUGAAAAUGAUCCAAGUUCAUUAUAUACACGAUCAACUAUUACACAAUCACCUCCAUCAAUUGAUAAUCAAUCAAUUAGACAAGUUGAAGUUUCAUUGACAAAUAGUCAAAAUAUUCAAAUGAAUAAACCAAUUAUAUCACAUGAACAUGAAUUAACUCAGAACAGAAUUAUUCAAAAUAAAGUAUAUGAAUCAAAUGAAGAGAAAAUGGAUAGAAACAGAGAUAAUGAAGAAGAACAAAGAGAUAAAGCAAAAAUACUUCGACUAGACAAUGAAGACGAUGAUGAUAAUAGUGCUGGAUACUCUGACAAUUUAAAGUUAUUGAACAAAGAUGAUGAUUUAGCUGAAACUAGUCGGUGGGAUACAGAACAACCAUUAUCAGUGAAUUCAAAGUUAACACCAAUGUUUAUUCCUAAUUUCUUUCCUUCUACAUCUCGUAUAGAAAAAUUAUUUACUAGCAGAACAAAUGAUUGUCAAGAGGAUAGUAAUUCAAUGGAUUCAAAUACAAAUUUAAGUAAUAAUAAUAAAAAUAUAGAUCCUUUAAGAAAUCGUUUGAAUAAUCGUUUAUCAGAAGCUGUUCUUUAUACAAUGAAUACAACCAUGACAGAUAGUAACCCUCAAACAAACAAUAAUACAAAUUUAAUUAUAAAUGAUACAUUAUCCGCUUUCAUUACAAAUGGUUAUAAAACAAGAAGUUUAAAGAAAGCAGAACGUGUUUUUAACAUGACAUUUAAAUGA